UCAGUGUAUCAUAGUUACGGGUGUGGCGUCAUGAAGAUUUAUUAAAUAAAAAAACUUUAUAAAGUUUAUUGUUUCAAAAUGGAUUAUUUUAAAUGUUUUUGUUCAUAUAUUCUAUUACUUACUGUAAUUAUUAAUUUCUGUUCAGCUUUAGAAUGUUAUGUGUGUCAUCGACAAGAGGAUAACGUUGAGAAAUGUUUAAAUACAAUAAAAACAUGUGAACAAGGUGAAGAUGUUUGUUUAUCAGAAAUUGAAUGGGGCAGUACACCAUAUUGGUCACAAGGAUCCAUUAAACAAUAUUAUGUAUCAAAACGAUGUGCUGCUAAAGAUGAAUGUAAACGAAUACGUAAACAAAAUAUGCCACUUUGUACACAUAUUUGGUAUCAGGAUUGGAAAUGUUCGGAAUGUUGCCAAGGUGAUCGAUGUAAUUAUUAUAUUAUUUCUGGCAGUAGUUUCCUGCACUUAUCAUCAACCACCGUCGUCUCUUCAGUUAUAGGAGUUUUCGUUGUUUAUUUUGCAAAUAGAUUUAUCUAUGCUUAAAAUAUUUAUUAUAAAUUAUAGACAUAUUAAAACUGUUGCCUUUGACAUGUACGACAGUGCCUUUAUUAUCAAACUCACUUUUAAAAGAAAUGACUACGAUUCUCCGAAUAAAAUAACUUGCAAAUACUUGAAAUCAUCCUAAUUGAUAAUUUCUCAACAGUAUUCGCCUUCGUAGUUGCAAGUGGUUUUAUCGAAAAAACACAAAUUUUAUCUACAAAACUUUUAUAUACGAGUACAAUAAAGUAUUUUAUUUAUUUUGACCCCAAAUAAUCCCUCCGUGCGAAUGGGGCUGGUUGAUCUUAAAAUAAAAAAGGAGAAUUAUUUUAUUUUAAAUAGAUUAUUUUCUUGAAAUUCCGUCCAUAUUUAUACUUAUUAUUUUUGUAAUUAAGUGCACAAAAAUGUGAAUCUCAGAAGUACCUCGUUAAUGUGUUCGUAAGUAAAUUAAUAAAUGUAAAAUGGAUCCUUUCGUUGUUGAUUUUGAUUUUAAACGAAACAGCAGUCAAUUGAUAUAGAGAGAAACGACAUAAUUAAAACUAAUUCUAUUGGAUUGGAUACUGUUUUUUUCUACAUUUUUUUCUGGAUAUAAAAAUUGAAUCAUUAUUAAAAAAUGAAAAGGUUCAUUGUUUGUGUUAUGUGCUUUUAUAUUUC